AAACCUAUACUGCGAGUCUUACGUCCAUGCUAACAGUCCAGAAGCUGCAGCCAGCAGUUACUGAUGUAAACGUGCUUAUUCAAAACAAGGAGUACGUAGGCUACAUGGAAGGAUCGUUUUUGUUCGGAUUUCUGAAAAGAUUGAAUUUUGACGAGUCCCGUCUUCGGCCGUUCAACUCAGCGGAGGAAAUGGAUAAACUUCUCUCUAAAGGGAGUAGAAACGGUGGAAUAGCUGCUGCCUUUCAAGAGAUCCCGUACAUAAAGCUGUUUCUAGGCAAAUACUGUUCGAAAUACGUGAUGGUCGGACCCACAUACAAGGCUGAUGGUUUCGGAUUUGUAUGCGACCCGACCCUCCUAUCAAUUAUUUUCCUUUUUAUCGUUCUAAAAUCUCAUUUUUUUUCUUUGCAGGUCUUCCCAACAGGUUCUCCUCUAGUACUUGAUGUUUCAAGAGCAAUUUUGAAUGUGACAGAGGGCCAAAAGAUGGUGGAAAUCGAGAGGAAGUGGUUUGGAGAUAGCACCAAAUGUUCGGACUCGAACACCCAACUCUCAUCGAAAAGUAUUGGGCUCGAAAGCUUUGCGGUACUCUUCUCAGUUGUAGGAAUAGUCGGAGUUAUAGCCUUUGCAGAUUACAUGAUUAAAUUCCAACAUGAAAAUCGGAGUGUCAUCGUAGAGCCCGCAGGCACUCGAUCCACAAGGUGGAGCAAGAUAGUAAAGUGGCUAAAGAUUUUCCUGUCCAAGAAAACAGACGAUGGCCGAAAGAGCCCGUUAAACUCCCCAUCGGUCUCUACAACAACUGAUCGCUCACAAGAUUCUGUUUCCGAUUCUACAAGUGCUUUUGAGAACGACACUACAAGUCAACAAGGCGAAUCGUCUCACAUAACGAGCAUGGGGAUUGAGCCUGUUGAUAGGAAUGAAACGAGCGCACAACAUUAAUGUUGACAGGUUUUCUUUCGUUUUC